AUGACGGAAGUCGAUGUGGUCUUGCCAGAGGGCGUGGCGGAGCCUACAACAAAGCUAGCCAGCUCAACAGAAGACUCAAAGAAAUCAGCAUCAUCACCAGCAGCAGCAGCACCACCCAAGACCACCACCCCACCACCAACAACAGAGACAGAUGAAAAUGAACAACAAAAGUUAAGAAGAAAAUCCACAACAGAUUCCAUAGAAGGUGCAGAUGGAGAUAAAGAUGGAAAUAAUAAGAAGCAGGACGAAAACGAUGAGAAGGACGAGACAGCCAAGGAGGAGACGUCAGAGGAGGUUAUUGAUGAUGAAAAGAAGGACGGUGAUGAUGAUGCCGUCAUAAAGAAAGAUGGUGUCAAGGAUUCUACAGAUUUGCUUAAAAAAGAUGUUGCCGAGGCCUUGCCAAAAGCUCCUCAACCAAGCGAAUCUAUGGACGUUGAUGAAAGUGUUUCCGAUAAGGCCGAAAAUGAUGAAGCAAGAGAGGUGGCCGAUGCCGAUAAGGAAUCAGCAGAUGCCGAGGUAGAGCCAGAACCAGAGGCGGAACCGGCGGAAGGCGAGGAUGAAGACUCACAGAUUACCACCAGUAGUACGAAAGAUUUAAAAGCUCAGGAAGAUGAGGAAGAAGAGGAUGAAGGAAUGGAAGUCGAUGAGGAAGUCGCCACCAAUGGUGAUCAUGAUCAUGGCGCAACAGCGGAUGUGGAAGCUGAAGCUGAGACAGAAGAAAUUGAAGAAGAAGAUGAGCUAGAUAAAAUAGGCAGCACAGCUGAGAACAGUUGUGAGGCAGAAGAUCCACUUGGAGCAGCGACAACUGGGUCAACGGUUGAUACUGAUCCAGCAGCUGCAGUAGACGAAAGCGAGAAAAAGAAGGUUGUCGUCGUUGUGGAUGUUGACAAGGAGGAAGCGGAAAAGUUAACCAAACAAACAAAGGAAACAGUUAAUGGCUUUGUUGCCAGUCCCAAGGAGACAAGGAAAGAGAACGGUCAGGCCAGUCCAGCCGAAGCCAAGGACAGUGUGGUCAAUUUGGACGAGGAUAGUGAUGAGGAGGUAACAAUUACUGCUAAGAAGAAAAGUGAUGUCGUCAUUGUCAGCGCUGGUGGUGGUGGUAAACAGACUAUUUCCGCGCCGGCUUCAUCGUGUGGAGCCGAAUCCUCGGAUGAUGCUGUACUCAUACCCUCCGAUUCGGAAUCUGAGUCGGCAGCACCAGCAUCAAAUCCGCCAGCAACCAGCCAAUUAGUAGUCAAGCCAACUCCGCCUCCAUCCCUGCCGCUAACAGCAGCAGCAUCCAAUCAUCAUCAUAAUAACAAUGACGACGACGAUGAUGAUGACGAUGAUGACUGUGUGGUUAUUGAAGAUGAUUCGCCUCCUAGCAAUCAGCCCUUGGCAUUAGGCAAACGUAAAGCCAUUGAUUUGGAUGACUUGCAGGCGAAUAGCAAGCGGCAACGCAGCUCCACACCCUCAGGAUUGGGACAGUUGACAAUUAAGGAUGCUCGCUCCCUGAUGCCGCAUGAUCUGACAGCGUCUGUUGGCGGUGGUAAUGCCGGUGCUGGUAUCUAUCCUGUUACAAUAACCAAUGCGGUGACUGGAGCAGCCACCAAUUUGGGUGUAGCCAAUCCACCGAAACUAGUGCCGAUGGGCAAUAGUGCCGGAGGAUUAAAUGCUGCGGCGUCUCAACUAAACACUCCCACUUUGACGCUGACUGGCGGAUUGCCCAGUAUGACUAACAAUGCCAAUCUUCUGCCUGGUCUUACCGAUGAUAUGUUUGUCCUUGAGGCGCCAUCAUUUAUUGUGCCCUACAUCUAUGAGAAGCCGCCGCAUGAUAACAUACGGGAAGUCAUCAAGGCCAUCGAAGCUAAGUAUUCUCUGUCGCCCGAAGAUCUAGCCGAAGCGGUCAAGGGUGAUGAGUUCGAUAUGAUGACGGAACAGAAUAAAGAGGACAAACCAUUGGAUCAGCAGCAGCAGGAGGCAGCAGCUGGCAAAAAGAAAAAGAAGCGCGGUGACGAUGAAUCCUGGUCCGAGCAAUCGGAUGAUGAUGACGAUGAUGAAGAUGACGAUGAUUCGGAAUCGGGUGUACGCACCAAGGUUCUCAUUAAAGAGGCCAACGAUGAUCUGACUGCCCUCAAGGGAGCCAUUAAACCGGCUGCUGCUCUGGCCGCAUCAGGAGCAAAUGCCGGCAAUUCCACAAAUAAGCCUGGGCAAGAAAACUAUUUUGAGAGCCCGCUGGGAAUGUUUUUUAUGGAUAUUGGAGUGGGUCAGGUGCAGGAGUUCGUUCAAUCCGAUCUGUUGCGUCUUCAGAAACGUAAAAUGCGUAAAUCUCUGUCUCGAGAUCCCAAAGAUUUCGAAAUGGCCAUCAAUGCGCUGUCGGGUAAUCUGCAGGCAUCUAAAACGAAGAAUGCUCCCUUCAAGUUUACCAUGAAACGUUGUGAAUUCUGCAAUUUCAAAUCCGAAUCGGCUCUGUCCAUGGCCAAUCACUACGAGACGCCGCAUAUGAAUGGUGUACUCUAUAAGUGCAAUUUCUGCACAUUUGAGAUCCGCAAUGCCAACGAGAUAGUUUAUCAUAUGGAGGCAGUGCAUAAUAUCAAGGCGCGCCUGAUUAAACCUCUGCCGUAUCAUCAGUGUCCGAACUGUGGAUUCGAGGAUAAUGGCAAGGCCAAGUUAGCCCGCCAUCAGCCUGUGUGUGCAAAGAAAUUCCGGCCGGAAUUGAACCUGGCUCCGCCCAAUGAUUGGGAGGCGCCUGCCAAAAUACCACGCAUCAAGCCGCGGCAUGGAUUGGUUGGAACAGCCACAGCCUAUCAGGCUAUGGCCGCCCAGGCAGCUGCUCAGAAAGCUGCUUUGGCCACAAUCCAACAACAGCAGGCCCAGGCACAGGCCAGGAAUAUGCAGGCUGCCGCUUUGGCUGCUCAAAAUGCGGCCAAGAUACGACAAAGAGCUCCUCAGUUGCCCAAAUCUCUGCCAGCGGGGAACAGUUUAGUACGCAAUCCGGCGGCGCCGGUGCGUGGUGCUGUUGCCAAUGCAGGAGGACUAUCGCUGCCCAAUAGCUAUCAGUUGGCUGCCGGUCAGCUGGUACAGCAGGCCUCCAAGAAGCCCAUGGCCGGACAGCCAAGCAUCUCAAUAACGCCAUUACCUCGUCAAAGUUCGUCCGCUGGUGGUAUUGGAGGAGCAGGGGGUAGUGGUUCAACUGCCGCUUCUUCAUCCACUAAAGUGCCAGCCGGGGCAACGGGCAUGAAGCCCGGCCAAAGUCCCAGCGGCAAUAACAAGGCUCAGUUUGUUAUAUGCGAGAUAUGCGAUGGUUAUAUCAAGGAUUUGGAACAGCUACGCAACCACAUGCAAUGGAUGCAUAAAGUGAAGAUACAUCCGAAAAUGAUAUAUAAUAGGCCGCCAUUGAAUUGCCAAAAGUGUCAGUUUCGUUUCUUUACGGAUCAAGGUUUAGAGAGACAUUUGUUGGGCUCACAUGGCUUGGUCACAAGUUCAAUGCAGGAGGCUGCCAACAGAGGCAAGGAUGCGGGUCGCUGUCCUGUUUGUGGAAGGAUGUACCAAUGGAAAUUACUGAAUCACGUAUCGCGCGACCAUCACAUGACCCUAAAGCCUGCACACCUCUCCUACAAAUGCACCGUAUGCACGGCCACCUUUGGAAUGUACAAACAGUUUGAAACGCAUGUAUAUACGGCGCAUAGUACUGUGGCACGCAAGGCCAUGGAUAGCAAGAAGAAUAGCAGCGGCAGCAGCAGUUCCGCGCAAUCGAGCGGCGGCGGCUCCGGCUCUGGACUCUCACGUAAUUCCCUGGGAGCGGCCAAUGAUUCGCUAUUGAAGCCAUUGAAAAUCAAUGAUGAAAUUACUAUCAUACCACAGCCUGCAUCGAAGCCACGCAUCACAAAUAUGGAGAGUCAUGUUAUAGAUUAAGGAUAGCGCAUUGGAUCAACCAAAAACCUAAUCUCUCAGCGCUUUAAGUUAAUGGUUCUAUAUAGAUUAACAAAUACGUUUGAAGGAUUGUAUAAAUGAUGCGAUAAAUAUAUAAAUCUAAACCCUUUUAACUUUAA